CACUGUCAGUAUACGAUUCGGAGGCAAAGCGUGCGGUUCACUGGCGAAGUUAACGAUAGCCAUAACGACGACGGCAGAAAGCGAACUGGGAAUAAGAAAAAUAAAAAAGCGAAAAACAAAACGAAAGAACGCUGCAUAAAGCGUCUAGCAGAAACGCUUAAGGAAUUAUGAAGGCAAUAGUAUAACAUCCAUUACUAACUAUAUAUAUAAACUCAGCAUUGGUAGAAACAGUAAAUCUUAUAUUAAAAAGAUGAACAGCGAUGAUGUGCAAAUAAUUAAAAAGACCUGGGAAAUUCCCGUGUCAACACCAACGGACUCUGGCGCUACUAUAUUAACAACAUUCUUUAACCGUUAUCCGUCCAAUUUGGAAAAAUUUUCCUUUCGAGAUGUACCCCUAGCUGAAUUACCCACAAAUUCACGUUUCCGGGCGCAUGCUAGUCGCAUUAUACGUGUGUUUGAUGAGUCAAUUCAAGCCCUGGGUCAGGAUGGUGAUCUAGAAAAGAUAGGAGAGAUCUGGACCAAGGUGGCUACAAAUCAUAUUCCACGAAAAAUAAGCAAGGAGUCAUAUAAUCAACUAAAGGAAGUAAUUCUUGAAGUGCUCACCGCUGCCUGCAGCCUAAACGAAAGUCAAGCGCAAUCGUGGGCAAAACUGGUGGAUCACGUGUAUGUGAUUAUCUUCAAGGCCAUUAACGAUGACGGCGACGCCAUAUAAGACCACAAAUUAGAGGAGGGUGAUCUUAAUAAAAGAAUACAUGUACGUCAUUGCUUGUGUAGCUUUUAGUAAAUAAAUAAUGAUAAAAUGUUA